AUGGAGGAGUCCAGCUCACCGUGACUCAGCAGGUCUGCAGGGUUAUAAGGCGGCGGCGUGCUCAGCGGCGCCACAGACGCCAUGGGCUGGCUGCUCUUCAUCGCCGGGAUCCUGGUCCACUGCCCUCACCUGCUGUGGGGCAGAGCUUCAGAGUACCAGCUGGAGUCGGACACGCAGACCCAAUGCCAGUUGUUGAGGGGCGUGGCCUCUGCCAAGCAGCCAGGUGACGUCCCCCACUGCUUUGAGGAUGGCAGCUUCAGGCCUGUGCAGUGCAGUGGGCGGAGUCAGGAGUGCUGGUGUGUGGAUGCCGACGGUCAGGAGAUUCCUGGGACUCGAACCAACAGCUCCUCCCUUUCCUGUCCGUCCGUCUGCCAGCUGCAGACCCGACUGCGCUGCUCUCCUUCUGGACUCUUCGAGGAGAUUCAGUGCGACUCCAGCAGGGGGCAGUGUUGGUGUGUGGACCAGGACGGCAUGGAGCUGUACGGGACCCGGCAGAACGGGAGGCCGCACAGAUGUCCGGGCAGCUGCCAGGUCCGGGCUCGGCGGCUCCUCCACAGCUCCGGUUCUCCUCCUCAGUGUGCAGAGGACGGCAGCUUCCUGCCUGUUCAGUGUAAGUUCAUCAACAUGACAGACAGAAGCGAGCUGGACCUGCUGCACGCCUUCAACAGGUUCCCAGAAGCCUUCCAGACCUUCAGCAGGUUCCGGAAGGUUUUCCCGAUGGUUUCCUCGUACUGCUUUUGCUCGAACAGCCGCGGCAGAGAGCUGGAAAAUACAGGUGUGGAGCUCCUCCUCUCAGAGAUCCCCGACUCGGCAUUUUCCAGUCUCCGCUCGCCUCAGUCCUUCUCCCAGACCAAUGUCUACAGAGUCCUGCAGCGGAGGAUGUUGGGAGUGCGCCUGGCUGCCAGCGGCCUCUUCAGGUGCCCCUCCCCCUGUGAGGAGGAGCGUCGGGUCGCCAUGGAGACGUCCAGCGUGUUCGUCCCGACCUGUGAAAGUGGAGGGUCGUUCAGCCCCGCCCAGUGCCAGCAGGGGGGGCAGUGCUGGUGUGUGGACCCCUCCGGCAGGGAGGUUCCUGGGAGCCGGCGGCUGGGGCCCCCCCCGGCCUGCGGUUCUGGCCCCUCCGACUGUCCCACCCGGCGGCGCCGUGCUCUGUCCCGCCUCCUCUCCGCUCCUCCUCUGCAGCCCUCUUCCCGCUCACCUGCAGCAUCCUGCUCCUCCCUCCUUCAGCCUCUCCGGGACCUCCUUCCAGAGGAGGCCGAUUACACCUCCUUCCUGUCCCGCCUGGUGGAAGUCCUGGACGACCUCUUCCCCUCAGUGGGCGGAGCUCUGAUGGCCCUGAAUGGCUCCUCCCCCCGUUUCCUCCAGGACGAGCUGUUUGGAGGAGACUUCCUGAGGAACGCCGGCGCCCUGAACUUCAGCGGCGCCGUGGGCGAUCGAGGAGCUCUCUCUCUGGACCGUCUGUCCCCUCAGAACCCCCGUCUGCAGCAGAACCAGAACCUGGUCCGGUUCAUCAGCAAAGCCAUGGAAGACCCCGCCUUCUUCUCAGUCCUGAAGAACACGCUGAUGAGCAGCUCAAGCUCCGCCUCCCUCUACCAGGUUCUGACUCCUCUGAUGACCUCCUGCUCUGAGGAGGAGAAGGACGAUGCAGCCGGCGUCUUCAUCCCGCGCUGCACCCCCGGUGGUGCUUACCAGGAGGUGCAGUGUCGGGGGUCACAGUGCUGGUGUGUGGACUCUCAGGGUCUGGAGGAGGAGGGGUCACGGGUUUCUGGUCGUCCCUCUCGCUGUCCGAGCCUCUGUGAGAGAGCCCGGAUCAACGCCCUGAAGGCGAAAGCCAGCAUGGCCGCCGGCGUCAAAAUCCACAUACCGUCGUGUUCUGAGGACGGCGACUUCCUGCCGCUGCAGUGUGUGGGGUCAAGCUGUUUCUGUGUGGACGCUGAAGGGAGGACGGUCACUCCCUCCCAGACAGCAGGGGGCGCCCUGACCUGCCCAGAAAGAGUCACACUCGAGUCUUCUGCAGGUCAGAUCAAACCCAAAGGUCGCUGCUCUGAUGCCCUCGCUGAAGUCAGCGCCUUCAAACAGGAGGUGAACCGCAUCAUCUCUCUCUCUAACUCCUCCCACAUCCCUCUGGGAUAUGGAUUUUUAUUGGCUGAGGGUCUUCGUCUGACUCCUGAGGAACUCCAGAUCCUCCAAUCAGAGGAGGAGCUGCAGCUGUCCGAGCAGCUGCUGAGCGGCUCCAAAGCUGCGCUGCCAUUGGCUGCUUUUUCCACUCUUCAGAUGCUGCUUCCUGCCGGACGCCGCUCCUAUCAGCACUUCCUGCCGCAGUGCGACGCUGACGGAGAAUGGCUGCACACGCAGUGUUCUGGCAGCACAGGUCAGUGCUGGUGUGUUGACGAGAACGGAGAAUACGUGUCCAACUCCCUGAAGAGCCGCUCUGUCAGCCUGCCCCAGUGUCUGAGUCGCUGUCAGAGAGCUGAGGCUCGCUUCCUGCUCUCUGAUUGGACGAAGGCCUCUGAUGUCACCAGUGCAGGGUACCGCCCACAGUGUGAGCAGGACGGCCGCUUCUCCGUGCUGCAGACAGGCGGCGCUGCAGGCUGGUGUGUGAACCUGCAGACCGGAGAGCCGAUCCAAGCAGCGGGGCGGAGCUCCUCGGGCCAGCUGAGAUGCCCCAGCUGGUGUGAGCUGCAAGGCCGCCAGUGUGGCGCCGACGGCUCCUUCAUCCCGCUGCAGUGUGAUGUCACUUCCUGCUGGUGCGUGUCUGAGGACGGACAGGAAGUGGCCGGGACACGGACGGCCCGGCAGACCGGCGCUCCGCCAUCAUGUGACCGUCCGCUCUGCCCCGCCCCCACCAUCACAAACGGCGCGUUAGUGUGUCGCUCAGCAGCCAAUGGCCAUCAGAGCUGUGACCUCGUCUGUAACCGUGGUUACGAGAACUCACUUCCUGUCAGUUUUCUUUGCGACACUGAGAGCGGGAGCUGGAACGGAGACAACAAACCGCUGGGCGGGGCCUGCCAGAUCUCUCAGCCGCUGCAGACGCUGUGGCUGUCUCAGGUGUGGUCGCUGGCGUCCUGCUCCGAACAGGUGCGCUCGCUGUUGUUCAGCAUGAUGACCAGCAGGGGGCUCUGCUCUGCACAGCUCGGCGCCUCAGGCCGCAGCGUGUCGCUGUGUGACGACUCCUCAGUCAGUCUGCAGUGUGACGGACCGCCCACCUUGAAGGUGAGCUGGAGCGCCGCCCUCGCCGACCUCCCGACCUCGGACCUCCCCGACCUCCAGGACGUUGCUCUCUUCCUAAAUGAAAGCCGACUUCUGGACGGCGUUCGGCGGCUCCUGCGUGACCUCGGCUCCACCAUGACGUCACAGCCUCGGCUGGUUUCCAUGACGACGCCGAGCUUCGGCUGUUCCCGUGGUUACCGCCUGGACAGUGACGGGAACGGCUGUGUUGUCUGUCCUGCUGGGAGCUUUUUCCAGGAGGGGGCGUGUCUCCUGUGUCCUGAGGGGACCUAUCAGGCGGAAGAGGGGCGGGACUUCUGCAACAGCUGCCCCAGAGGCUCCUCCCCUGCUGGAGCGUCGUCCGUCGAUCAAUGUGAGACCGAGUGUGAGAGGCGGAGCCUCAGGUGCUCACAGGCAGGUGACUUCCUGCCAGCGCAGCCGGACCUCCUGACCAGCAGGUGGAGCUGUUUUAGCAGAGAGGGGGAGGAGCUUGAGUGGACCUCCAGCAGCAAGAUGCUGACAGAUGACGACUGCUCAGUUCUCAGCAGGUUUCAGGAAGUUCCUGGAUCAGAGCUGACGGCGGCGGAAGACACGGACGUCCUGCAGACACUCACCUCUGACCUGCUGACCUGUAUCCAUGCCUGUGCAGCCGAGCCGUCCUGCCACCAUGUGGCGCUCUUCAGCAGCCGCUGUGAGCUGUACAGCACCGACCGCAUCAACACGCUCUGCAACGCGUCACAGCCGUCCAAAGGGUUUCUGGGUAAUCCUGAGGCCGAGCGAUACGAUUGGCUCAGCUGCUCUGUGAAAGUGAGGGGUGUGGCCUCAGAUCUGCUGGUCCUCAGGAAAAGAGGGGAGGAGCUUAGCUUGCAGCUGCAGCAGAAGACCUUCACGAGGAUGAGGAUGACGAAGGCGCUCUCAGGUGUGUUCAGGACUCAGGUGUUCUCCUCGCGACGCACGUCUCUGUCCGACGCCCACCGCUUCUGUCAGGACGGCUGCAGCCGCCACGAGUGCUGCGACGGCUUCGUGCUCCACCAGAACAGCCUGGAGGGAGGCUCUCUGCUCUGUGGUUGGCUGAGGUCUCCGUCCGUGCUGAGCUGCCAGGACGGAGACUGGGACGUGACUGGCCAGGGAUCAGCCAACCGGAUCUGUGGGGCGGGGCUUAACUACAACAAGGAGAAGUCGGGCUUCCUGUUUGACUUUGGAGGACAGACGUUCACCAUCUCUGACUACGCGCUGCCAGCUGACAGUCAGGAGGAAAUGCUCCAUCAGGCCUCCAUCGUCAGCUUCCAGGCCGUCUACCUGAGCUCAGGCUCUUCCUGUGCGGCAGCGGACCUCCGUCCUCCUCUGGACGGGUCGCUGCAGCAGAAGUUUGAGGCUUUGUCCGGAGACGCCGUGGUCGUGGAUCCUCAGAGGAAGCUUCCGGUUCUUUCCUUCUGGCUCAACAAGCAGAACUACGACUCCCAGCAGGCCUUGCUGUGGUGUCUCGCUCGCUGUGAUGAGGAGCAGCUGUGCGCGGUGGCUGACCUGGCGGACGCCGACUCAGCCGGUUUCUUCAGUUGCUCGCUGCAUCCGGACAGUCGGGUCUGCGGCGCCUACGACAUGCCUCCCACGCAGCCCUGCCCGCCCCUGAUGGACAGCCCGCCCACCAACGCCUUCAGCAAGAAAGUGGAUCUGAGCGGACCCGUGCAGAACUUCUACGAGCGGGUUCCCUUCCAGAGGAGCGUUUCUAACGCCGUACUGAGCCGAGCCGUCAUGAGCGAGGACACGCCGCUGUCUCAGGGGUUCCGGGACUGCGAGCGCCGCUGUGACGAGGAUCCAUGUUGCCGCGGUUUCGGGUUUGUUGGUUACAACAAAUCUCCAGGUCUGGUGUGUCUGGUUCUGGUCAGUCUGGGCGUUCAGACCUGCAGUGAGGACGACUCCACCUGGAGGAGUCGGGACUGCAGCCCCACGGAGGCCAAGACCUCGCCGUACCCGUUCGGCUGGUACCAGAAGCCCGUCAACCAGUGGACCUCGUCCCCGGCUCUCUGUCCGCCGCUCAGCCUGCCGGAGACCAGCGACAACGUGUCGUCGGACGACUGGCGUCUCCUGCCCGACUCUCUGGUUCUGGUCGACCCGUCCCUCUCCACCUACGACGUCCUCCACGUCAGCAGAGACGUCGCCGCCGACGAGAACAGGACCAGGGACUGGUGUCUCCAUGCCUGCUGGGAGGCGGAGUCUUGUGUGGCCGUGUCACUCAGAGAGGCGGAGUCUGCCACUCGUUGCAUCCUCUACCCUGACACCACCAUUUGUGGGCUGUCCUCCAGCUCCGCCUCCUCCUGCCAGCUGGUUAUCAGAGAGCCCGCCUCCCAGGUGUACCUGAGGACAGAGCGCACGCCGUCGGUUACGUCUGUUUCCGUUCCCGGUCACGGGAUGCUGAAGGGCGUUUCCGUGGAAACAACGGUGGGCUCUGAUAGGAGGACGGUCAUUCAGUUCCUGGGCGUGCCGUACGCCCGCCCGCCAAUAGGAAUGCUGCGUUUUGAAGCGGCGCAGCCCGCGGAUUGGAGGGGGACGUGGGACGCCUCCAAACCACGGCCCAGCUGUGUGCAGCCCGGUGACGGCGAGUCUUCAGGCUCCAGCGAGGAUUGUCUGUACCUGAACGUCUUCACUCCCGCCGCUCGGAGGGGGCGUGUCCCUGUCCUGGUGUUCUUCUUCAACCCUUCAGCCAAUGAGAGCCCAGGGCUGUUGGAUGGCUCCGCCCUCGCUGCUACAGGCAACAUCGUGGUGGUAACGGCGAGCUACAGGACCGCGGCGCUCGGAUUCCUCAGCACAGGAGCUUCCGGUCUCUCUGGCAACUAUGGACUGACUGACCAGGAGGCGGUGCUUCGCUGGGUCAACGCCCACAUCUCCCUGAUGGGCGGAGACAACAGCCGGGUGACAGUGGGGGCGGAGCAAGGCGGUGCCGACAUCCUCAGCCUGCACCUCCUGUCCAGGCCCGCCCCUCUGUUCCAGCGGAUGAUGCUGAUGGGGGGUUCUGUGUUUUCUCCCUCCCUGGUCCAAUCCGCCGCCUCCUCCAGGCGCCGGGCUUUGGAUCUGGCACAAGAACUGGGUUGCACGACGUCCGACUCCACGGAUGAGGAGCUGCUGUCCUGCCUCAGAACGGCGCCGGUUCAGGUUCUGAACGCUGCUCAGACCAAACUGCUGGUGACCCGCGACCCGUUCCAGUUCUGGUCUCCAGUCCAUGAGGCGGUGUCCCCGUCCUCGCCGCUCCACCGGGUCGACCUGUUGCUGGGAACCUCAGAGGCGGACGGCCUGAUCAGCCGAGCGCGCAGGAUAAAGGAGUUCGAGGUUCUGCCGGGUCAGGUCGACGACAGCAUGCCCUUCUACCAGGCUCUGAGCCGCGUGCUGGGCGGAGCCAACGGAAACCAGCUGCUGAGGGAGGCGGUGGCCUCUCUGGACCACAACCCUUCAGCGGCCGGAUACAGCCUGUUCUCCAGAGCGCUCAACAACGCCACCAGAGACCUGUUCAUCAUUUGUCCGGCGCUGAGGAUGGCAGGUCUCUGGGCCGACAGCAGAGCCAGCGUCUUCCUGUACCACCAGCCCGCCGCGGACGCCGCCGACAGGACCGACUCCCCCGUUCCCUGGGACGUUCAGCUGGCGUUCGGCGCUCCUCUUCAUCCGCAGAGCUCUCAGCGCUUCACGUCUUCCGACCGCCGCCUCUCUCUGGGCGCCAUGAGCUACGUCUCCAGCUUCAUCCGGACCGGAAACCCCAACCCGUGGCCGGAGUGGGCGGAGUCAGUUCUGCCUCGCUGGCAGCCAGUCACUUCAUCUAAGGCCCCGCCUUCCUACAUGGAGUUAAGCCCCGCCCUCCGGCCCCAGCAGGGUCUGAGUCGGGACUUCUGCUCCCCGUGGGGCCAGCUGGUGUCCAGGCUGAGCGGCGGCGAGUCAGGUGAGUUGGGGGCGGAGCCUGUCCUGACCUCAGCGCCGUCCUCAUCCAGCCAGUCUUAGACGCAGACGUUCGUCUCCGUCCUCACGCAGCUUGUUUCCCAUAAUUCACUCUGAUUCCAAAAGCCUUAAUCAUCAAUAAAAAGCAGCUGAAACUCA